CUCUGUGCACUUGCGUACACUCUGUUUUUCCCUACUCUUGUUUGUAAGCUUUUUGUGUUAUUUUUUUGAGCUCUUUGUACUGCUGCGCAUAUACUGAGAGAGAGAGAUGGGAGUACCGUCGUUUUAUCGAUGGUUAGUGAACAAGUACCCAAAGAUUGCAGUGAACGCCAUGGAAGAAAAAGAAGAAAAAAUAGAAACAAACUUAGUAAACCCAAAUGGGAUAGAGUAUGAUAACCUCUAUCUUGACAUGAAUGGUAUCAUACACCCUUGUUUCCAUCCUGAUGACCAUCCUUCACCACCAAAAACUUUCCAAGAAGUAUUCAACAACAUAUAUGAAUACAUUGAUAGGCUUUUUUCCGUUGUACAGCCUCGCAAGCUUUUGUACAUGGCCAUUGAUGGCGUAGCACCAAGAGCAAAAAUGAAUCAGCAACGAACAAGGCGUUUCCGUACAGCAAAGGAUAAUGAAAUUGCUGAAGCCGAGGAAGCCAGGUUAAGAAAGGAAUUUGAAAUGGAAGGCAAACAAGUGUUGCCAAAACAGGAAUCUGAAGUUUCAGAUUCCAACAUCAUAACACCGGGGACAGUUUUCAUGCAUGAAUUAUCGAUUGCUCUCCAAGCUUAUAUUAAUCAACGCCUAAAAGAUAAUGUCGGUUGGAAGGAUAUCAAGGUUAUUCUUUCUGAUGCCAAUGUUCCUGGUGAGGGGGAACACAAAAUUAUGUCCUUCAUACGGCUACAGCGUACCUGUCCCGAUUAUGAUCCAAAUACGCACCACUGCCUUUAUGGCUUGGAUGCGGAUUUUAUUAUGCUUGCCUUGGCAACACAUGAAUUGCACUUUUCAAUCUUGAGAGAGGAUGUACUAAUACAAGAGCAACAACCGGCAAGUGAAUUAGUACUUGAAACCAGCCUUAGACAAGCAGAAUCUGGUUUGCCAAGGUCCCGAGGAUGGUUUCAACAGCGUCAUCAGUCUAUUGGCGGAAAGUCAUCUUUGAUAAAAAAGCCCUAUCAGUUUCUACAUGUUUGGAUCCUUAGAGAAUAUAUAGAACUUGAUCUUAAAAUCUCAGAUCCUCCUCAGAACAUAAAGAUUGAUCUUGAGAGGAUAAUUGAUGACUUCAUAUUCAUGUGCAUCUUUACUGGGAAUGAUUUUCUACCCCACAUGCCUACCUUGUCAAUUCAUGAGGGCGCUAUCGACUUACUGAUGCAUGUAUACAAAGACGAGUUCAAAAAUUUGGGAGGAUAUUUAGUUGACAUGCAAUGGGUGGGAGACAAAAAAGCACGCUAUAUAAAAUUAAAAAGGGUCGAGAAAUUCAUCCUUUUGGUUGGUGCAUACGAAGAAAGAAUUUUCAAGAAAAGAUCAGAAUUGCGAGAUCACAAAGUCAGACGGCUCCUGUCUGAAGCUUCGGAGAUUCGAGAAGAAAAAGAAGAUCUGGGUUUAGAUUUGGAAGUCAACGGGAGAAACAGCCAUGGUGCUGCAAAUGGGAAAUCCCCGAUCUCUAAAAAUCUUGGGAUCAAGUCUGUUGGAAACUCUGCAUCAUCAAUUGGAGCUGUCAAUUCAACUUGUGAUAUUUCGGAAAUUCUGAUUCUGCAGAACACAAAGGAAUUGAAAGAACAGUUGAAGAAAUACGUUCGUGACAAAUCAGACCUGUUCAAGAGUGGAAGUUUUCUGUUGGACAAGGUGAGAUUGGGUUCCGUAGGUUGGAAAGAAAGAUACUACAAGGAGAAAUUUUGUACCGAAAGUAAAGAGGAUAUGGAAAGUAUGAGGAAAGCAAUGGUUCAAAAAUAUACUGAAGGUUUAUGUUGGGUGCUUCAGUUUUUUUUUUCCGGAGUUCCUUCAUGGACAUGGUUUUAUCCAUACCACUACAGUCCAUUUGCUUCGGACUUCAGGGGUCUUUCUCAAGUGAAAGUGAUCUUUCAGAAAGGUUCACCAUUUAAACCUUUUUAUCAACUUAUGGGUGUCCUGCCACCAAGAAGUGCUCAUGCACUUCCAAGAGCCUACCGAGCACUCAUGACUAGCGAAGAGUCUGAGAUAAUAGAUUUUUAUCCUACUGAUUUUGAAUUCGAUGAAGAUGGAAAACGUUUUAUGUGGCAGGCAAUUUGCAAGCUUCCUUUUAUAGAUGAAGAACGCUUACUAUCACAGAUGAAAAAACUAGUGGCGGAAUUAGGGGUCGACGAAGAAUUAAGGAACUCGACUAAGGUUGAUUAUCUGUUUGUGAGAAGCUCUAACGUGUUGCAAUCUCAAAUAUUUUCCCUUAAUGAAAAGCAGUGUGCGGGAAAACAAAUAGAAAUGGUCAAAGAAUCGAUAGAUAAGAAUUUCAAAUGUGGAAUCAGUGGUUUUAUUAGCCCCCGGGAGGAUAAGGACAGCCGAAAUGACAAUGUUUUAUGUGUUCUUUACGAGUUACCUAAUGGCUGCCAACACAUUCCUCGUCCACUUGAGGGUGUGCAACCCCCGGAGAAGACAAUAAACGAUGCUGACAUCGUGGAAACACAACUAUGGCACGAGUGCCAGGGCAGCAGACCCAAUUACAAGGCUCAAAUUCAUGGAUUUCACAGAAGGGCACAGAUUCAAGGAUUUCAUAGAAAUGCAAUUAAUGGAGCAAAGUCAUCUCCUGAGCUGAUACAUAAAGGUGCCGGUUCAGGGUGGGGUGCGGGUAGAGGAAAGCCGAACAACAAUAUUUAUCAUGGUUCCAGUGAACACACUGGAAGUUCUACAAACUUCCCAGUUGGACAUGGCGAGAGACUUGAUCAUGAUAUCGGGGACCUGAGAAUAUCAGAUUCAAGACAAGGAUUCAAAUCAUAUGGAAGAGCUCAGUCAGCCAACACCAAAUUGUGGCCAUCUAGAAACAGCCCAAUGACUGCCCCUCCAUGUGGUCAGGGCUUGACAGUGAAUACAAGCCAUACGUGGCAGCGGAAUCAAUCUCCGGUAGCCAACCCAUCAAUGCAGGCCCAUGGAAGAGGCCGGUACAUACCAGUGUGGCGGCGGAAUCAAUCUCCGGAGGCCAGCCCAUCAAUGCAGGCCCAUGGAAGAGCCCAAUACAUUCCAGACCCUUGGAACUUGAGGGACACAAGGACCUCUUCCACUGAGAGGUACUCUUCUAGGUAAUUUAGACAAGUUAGUCUUUGCUUACAAUCAAACAGUUGUUUUUUAGUUGUUUAUGAUUGAUCACAGGGUAACGGUUUUUUGAGUUUUGUUGUGAAAAUUGGAAUUUUUUUUUUCUUGGGUGUUAUCUAAGAAGUGGCUGUUUUGAGAGUUUUUUUUAUGA